AUGACGACCCCCGUUGAAAGGAUUGUAGACAAGCGGAAGAACAAAAAGGGGAAAUGGGAAUACCUGAUCCGGUGGAAGGGCUACGGGAGCACGGAGGACACGUGGGAGCCGGAGCACCACCUCCUGCACUGUGAGGAGUUCAUCGAUGAGUUCAAUGGGCUGCACGUGUCCAAGGACAAGAGGCCCAAGUCGGGGAAGCAGGCCAGCGCCUCCAAGCUCCUGCGCGACAGCCGUGGGCCGUCGGUGGACAAGCUGGGCCACAGGCCCCCGGAAGCGGGCAAGAGCAAGGGGACCUGCCCCAAGCGGAAGCGGAUCACCCCAUCUCUCUCCAAGUCCAAGAAGGGCUAUUCCAGCAAACACCCCGCGGGCGGCGACAGGGCCACCAAGACUGUGUCUUAUAGGACUACGCCCAGCGGUUUGCAGAUCAUGCCACUGAAAAAGGCCCAGAACGGCAUGGAGAAUGGGGACGCCGGCUCCGAGAAGGACGAAGGCCACUUCGGAAACGGGUCCCACCAGCCCGGCUUGGAUUUGAGCGAGCACGUCAGCGAGCAGGACAUGGGCGACUGUGACGUGAACCACACGGCGCUGGCCGAGAACGGGCUCGGUUCUGCGCUGACCAAUGGAAACCUGAGCCUGCACAGCCCCUUGAAGAGGAAGCUGGAGGCGGACAAGGACUACGUUUUCGACAAGAGGCUCAGGUACAGCGUCCGCCAGAACGAGAGCAACUGCCGUUUCCGGGACAUCGUGGUGCGGAAGGAGGAGGGCUUCACGCACAUCCUGCUGUCCAGCCAGACCUCGGACAACAACGCCCUGACGCCAGAGAUCAUGAAGGAAGUCCGGCGGGCCCUGUGCAACGCGGCCACCGAUGACAGCAAGCUCCUGUUGCUCAGCGCUGUGGGCAGUGUGUUCUGCAGCGGCCUGGACUACUCCUACCUGAUCGGCCGGCUGUCCAGUGACCGGCGGAAGGAGAGCACGCGCAUCGCCGAAGCCAUCAGGGACUUUGUGAAGGCCUUCAUCCAGUUUAAGAAGCCCAUUGUGGUGGCCAUCAAUGGGCCCGCGCUGGGCCUAGGAGCUUCCAUCCUGCCUCUCUGCGACAUUGUGUGGGCCAGCGAGAAGGCCUGGUUCCAGACCCCCUAUGCCACCAUCCGCCUCACGCCCGCCGGCUGCUCCUCAUACACCUUCCCCCAGAUCUUGGGUGUCGCACUGGCCAACGAGAUGCUCUUCUGCGGGAGGAAGCUCACUGCUCAGGAAGCCUGCAGCCGGGGGCUGGUGUCCCAGGUCUUCUGGCCAACCACCUUCAGCCAGGAGGUCAUGCUACGGGUCAAGGAGAUGGCCUCCUGCAGCGCCGUGGUGUUGGAAGAGUCCAAAUGCCUCGUCCGCAGUUUCCUGAAAUCGGUGCUUGAGGACGUGAAUGAGAAGGAAUGCCUCAUGCUCAAGCAGCUCUGGAGUUCCUCCAAAGGCCUGGACUCCCUGUUCAGCUACCUGCAGGACAAGAUUUACGAGGUCUGACGGGGGCCCAGCCCACCUGCCCCGA